GUCGGAAGGGGCGGGGCGCACGAGAGGCGCGAGGUUGCCGCGCGGCAGCGGCUGCUCGGCAGCGUCCCCAGCUGUAGAUUUGGCAACCGCUGAGGAAACUUUUUUUUUUCUUCGGCUCGGCGUUUUCUGCCCCCCAUUUCCGCAGAAUCAGGAUUUCCGUUUCCCUCCCUUUGAAAACGAGGGGGGGAAAAACAUCGCAAACUCGGCGGGGCGCUCUGGUCUCUGCUCUUGGCUAGGCGACGCCUCGCUCGGAUCCGCGCAGCCGAGCAUGGAGCGAGCCGAAGCGGAGGAUCCCGAGUCCGGCGGCGCGGUUCCGCCGGGGGCUCGCCUGCUCCUAUCCUUCAAGGAGUUUCUGAGCUCCCGCAAAGGGAGGCUCCUGCUGGCCGAGGCGGUAAGAUGGGGCGCGGAAGGGGGGGCGGGGGCGAAUGCAUUGCAAACUCGAGUCGAGGGCUGCGCGUGGGGAAGGGAGGCGGAGAGGACGAGGAAGUGCGGCGGCGGCGGCGGCGGCGGCGGCGAAACUGCAGGCUCUGCUCGCAAUCUCUCCUGGCAAAAGGCUUCCACGCCGCGGGAAGUUUACCAGGAGCAAAGGAGGGAAACGAGGUCGGGUUCCUUUGCCCUGAACGUGACCCUCUCCCACAGCAAUCUUUCCUGUGCCCGUGGACUCAGAAUCGAGCUCUGUCCAGGAGGCGCUUACUCGCAGGUAAACCGGGCGCGCUGGAUCGCAGCCUGAGGCCCUUGGAAAACCAGGACUGGUUCCAGCAGGCGUCGUGUAGGAUUCGCCUAGAAACGAGGAUCCCCCCCCCCCCGCCUCGCAGGGACCCCGAUGGUGGCCACCACGCCCACCCCGCAGGGGAGAGGGAGAGACAAGAGAAGGCACAGGCCCGGGCGACUUCUGUACUAGUAAAAACAAAGAAAGAGGCUUCCGGCACCCUGGAAGCUAAGCAGUUUAUUACGGCGCAAACGCUUUUCUGGGCUAGAGUCCACUUUGGAAGCAUGAAGUUGCGGAUAUGAAUAGCACUCGUGGCGUUGGGGUUGUAGAAUAGUGACGUAUGAGGGAAAGGAACUGUAUAAAGUCAAACAGAUAGCGAGGACGGGGGUUAUUAACGGUGGCCUUUUCCAGGCUGGCUGUAUGUUGCAACCGAAAUCAGUUUGCAUCCUGUCAUAUUCAAGUUGAGCAAUUAAAGUGGAUUUGGCGCUCUUGGGCAACGAAUGUGCUUAGCACCCCCACACCCCCCACAGUCUUUUUAAGUUAAGGGGGAAAUGCAGUGGAAACCGUGGGAUAACAUUUGGUUGACGUGAGGUCCUGGCAAACAAAUCAGAAUGAAUGCUCUAUACAAAAUUGGAUGUGCCUAUAACAGUCCUAAGGGCAUGGACUGAGGCAGCCGCUUUGAGCAGUGGAUUCCACACAGGUGUGGUGUCCCACCGCCCUGGAGAAGUGGGCAGAGGCAGCAAAGUACUGUAGCACAACCCUGUUAAGCAAGGCUUCAGUGGAGGUGGCAACAGGAGGGGCAGCGAAACAACAGGAUGAGCCACCCCUGACACCCCGGCAAAGUUUGUGCAAAACAGAUGAGGAUUAAUACUCAACAACCAGGCCUGGAAGAAAGCAGUGAUGGUACACAAUGUAGGCGAUAACACAAAUCCUAUCGUGGGUAAGUUAAUUAACUCACUGUAGCGUGAUAAGGUAUGACUAUCUCAUUUAAAACCACAAAUGAUAGCAUUCAAUCCCUUGAUAAAUUCAAAUCCAGCCGUUUCAUGUUGUAGUCUUCCACUGAAGUUCCUUUGUUUGAGAGUAGCUGCAUUAAGGUUAUAAGACCUGGUUUAAAAUAGCUUCCUUUGCUCAAGUCUCCCCUCAUCUUGCCCUUGGAGCUUUUUCAGGGCUGCAGAUUACCUGGAUAUUCAUACCUGGUGAUGCAACUUUUGAGAGGUAUAAUAAUAUAAUAAUAAUUUAUUAUUUAUACCCCACCCAUCUGGCUGGGUUUCCCCAGCCACUCUGGACGGCUUCCAACAAAAGAUUAAAAAUACAUUAAAACAUCAGUCAUUAAAAACUUCCCUAAACAGGGCUGCCUUCAGAUGUCUUCUAAACGUCAGAUAGUUGUUUAAUUCUUUGACAUCUGAUGGGAGGGCGUUCCACAGGGAGGGACUUUUCACACAAAAAUUGAAAGGGGCAGAGUUUUGGAAUGCUCUGUUGAUUGUUCUAGUGCUGAGAUCUCUUCUAGGGAGUCUCCUAAAAGCAUCUCCAUCUCUCUCUCUCUCUCUCUCUCUCUCUCUCUCUCUCUCUGAGUGGGUGGGAAUAUAUGACAUAACUUUUACAGAAUGAUGUGCCUUGUACAAAAAGUGGAUACUAGAUAGAAAAAAUUAUAUCGCUGCCUCUCCCAAAAUCUGGUGUUAAGUGAGUCAUCCAAUGAAACUAAAUUGGCAGGAGAUUCAGGGCGGACAAAGGAAAGGACUUCUUCACAAAUCGCAUAAUGAAAUUAUGGGAUUCACUGCCACAAAAUGUGGUGGGGAUCAGCAAUGCAGAUAGCAUCAGAAGGGGAUUCAAUAAAUUCACAGAGCUCCAUCAGCACCUGUUUAGUCACACUGGCUACCUGGGACCUCCUUGGUUCUCAUGGGACUUGGUGGCGCUCUUGGGGGAGAGGGCUAUUACCUUUGUGUCCAGCUUGUGGGCUUCCCAGAGGCAUCUGGUUGGCUGCUGUCAGGUUGUUGGACUAGGCGAGCUGUGGCUCUUAAGUUAAGGUUACCAGACGUCCCCGUUUCCUGGGGACAGUCCCCGGAUUUACAAAUCAGUCCCCAUACAAAAUCCAUUGAAGUUGAAAAGUGUCCCCGGAUUCAUUGAAAAAAAUCUGGUAACCUUGUCUUAAGUUCUGAUGCUUUUUCCAACCCCAUGGUAGUGGUGAGGAGGCUCAGGGACCUCCAGGCCUCUCUGUAUGGCCCUCAGAGCUCUCCCAGGCCACACCUCUCAGCAUCCCUGCAUCAUGCUGUAAGUGUUCGUUGCCUGGGUGGAGUAUAUCCUUGACCUCUGCUAGUGCCUCUUAUCUGGGUGGAAGAUAGAGAGAGAGAUGUGUAGAAACUGCCCUACUAUAUAAAGGUGAAGUAUACAUUUAUUGCUCCACCUACUUUUGAUUCUGGCUUUGCCUUCUCCUGGCAUGUGCCACCCCCCAGAAUGUUGCUCAGAAGGGAAUGCAGCCCUCGAUCUGAAAUAAGUUCCCCACCCCUGUUAUAAAGUUUCAGCAUCCAAAUUCCAAAGUCGGCUGCAGGGUGGUAGGGGGGAGAUGAUUGAGCCAAUCUGAUUCAGUUCUGGUGUGAAGCCUGGAGACAAACAGAGCCUUUGUUUGUACCCUUUCCUCUUACCCCUUACAGGGUCACUCCAUGAGCUAGGUGUAUGUAAGAAGGCAGGCAUGUGGCUGUGAUUAGUAAUGCUAUUAGUAAUGCUGUGAUUACUAAGACCCAGCAUGGGUUUCUCAAAAAUAAAUCACUCCAGACCAAUCUGAUUUCUUUUUCUUUCUUUCUUCUUUUUUGAUGGAAUUACAAACUUGGUAGAUCAGGUAAAUGCUGUGGACAUAGUGUAUCUUGAUUUCAGUGAGGCUUUUGACAAAGUUACCCAUGAUAUUCUCACGAGGAAACUGGUAAAAUGUGGGUUGAACGAGGUAACUGUUGGGUGGAUUUGUAGCUGGUUGACUGACCGAACCCAAAGAGUACUAAUUAAUGGUUCCUUGUCAUCCUGGAAAAAAAGCGACAAGUGGGGGGCCACAGGGUUCUGUCCUGGACCCAUUGUUGUUCAAUGUCUUUAUAAAUGACUUGGAUGAAGGAAUUGAAGGGAUGCUCAUCAAAUUUGCAGAUGACACCAAACAGAGGGGUAGCUAAUGCCACAGAAGACAGAAUCGGAAUUCAAAAUGACCUUAACAGAUUGGAGAACUGGGUGCAAGCUAACAAAAUGAAUUUCAGUAGGGACAAAUGUAAGGUUCCACAGUUAGGCAGGAAGAAACAGAUGCACAAAUACAGGAUGGGGGACACCUGGCUUACUAGCAGUACAUGUGAAAAGGAUCUAGGGGUCUUGGUGGACCACAAGCUUAACAUGAGUCAACAGUGUGAUGCAGCAGCAAAAAAAGCUAAUGCUAUUCUAGGCUGCAUCAACAGAAGUAUAGUGUCCAGAUCAAGGGAAGUAAUAGUACCGCUCUAUUCUGCCUUAGACCACACUUGGAAUACUGUGUCCAAUUCUGGGCCCCACAAUUCAAGAAGGAUAUUGACAUGCUGGGAUGUGUGCAGAGGAGGGCAAACCAAGAUGAUCAAGGGUUUGGAAACUAAGCCUUAUGCAGGCACUUGAAGGAGCUGGGUAUGUUUGGCCUGGAGAAGAGGAGAUAUGAUAGCCAUCUUCAAAUAUCAUAAGGGCUGUCACAUGGAAGAUGGUGCAAGUUUGUUUUCUCCUGCUCUGGAAGGUAGGACUUGAACCAAUGGCUUCAAGUUACAAGGAAGGAGAUUCCGACUAAACAUUCAGAAAAAAUUCUGACAGUAAGAGCUGUUCAGCAGUGGAACAGACUCCCACUAGAGGUGGUGUACUCUCCUUUCUUAGAGGUUUUUAAACAGAGGUUGGAUGGCCAUCUGUCAUGGAUGCUUUAGCUGAGAUUCCUGCAUUGCAGGGGGUUAGACCUUGAGAUCCAUUCCAACUCUAGGAUUCUGUUAUUCUCUUGAUGUGGUUAUUUCCCAUUUUUUGUUUUCCCCUUCUUUGUCCUCCUCCUUUCUGCCCUCCCUUCUAAUACAGACGUCACAAACAGUUGUUGACAAUGACUAGCAAUUUCUUGCGCAAGAUAUGCUUUUUCUUCAUUUGCUGUAUUUUUCUCUAAUAAUUAUUGUCUCUGCCAAAGUGGCUCACAUCAAACAGAAAGAGGGAGGGGGAGACAGGCCCAGCCAUUCAGUUUACAAACAAGAAAGACAAGGUACGCAAGGAAAAAGGGAGUGGAGGGAAGAGGUAGAGGCAGGGGGUCAAUUCAAGGCCAGAAUGUUUGAUGUAUCAUUGGAGAGAGCAGUACAAGGCACUGUGAAAUAUUAAUAAUGUCCGGUUCCUUUUAUAAGUUGCAUGAAUAACUGCGUAGAUCCUCACCUACCUGCACCAUGCCAUGUGGCAACAUGGAGGGGUUACUAGAUGUGAAUUUACCUGUGGAUUGUGUUGCUUAGUGAUCAUGGUAUCACAAUGGGAUAUUAUCUUUUGCAUUUGUGCAUUACCUCUUGAAUCACACUGCAACUUUGUUUGGUUUGAAUUUAAAAAAGAACAAACCUUUAAUACACAGGGAAGCAAAGGAAGGUCAGAAAACAGGGGUGAGCUACAAGAGGGUCUUUAUAUCCAGUUUGAGCCACGCUGAUCAUCCCUUGCUGCUGUUCUUGCUUGAACAGCAAUUGGUAGCUUGUUUCUUUGGCUGAUGGACAGAGCCAGAGUGUGCUUUCCCUUGGCUUCUGCAGCCCAGAACAGCAGGCAGAUGGAGCUGGACGUUCUUUCAGGCAGAGACGGAGGAAAUGAUCUCCUUGGAGCUGUUCCUUCUUUGACCAAUGGAUGAUGCCUGGCUGGCCUCCCCCAUGCCAUGAUGUGAUUCCUGGGAGGCAGGCUUCCAGUGGCCCUAAGAGAAUCUACUGCAGAGUGUGCGUCCCGUCUGCUCUCAAGUCCCAGAGCAAUCAAAAAAUCCCUACUACCUGAGUUGCCCACCUUGCCAUCACCAUGCCAUUUGGAACUCUAGAAAGGAAGGUCUGUGUGCAUAUGAGAGAGUGUGUAUAACACAAGGAAUAUAGCUUCAAAUAUAGGCCAGGUUUAACGAAGCAGCGAUAUAAACACCCCCUCCCCCCGGCAUCCUGUGUUCAUCACAAUCAGCGCUGCAUCCAUUCUGCAACCAUUUGGCUUCUGCCAUUCCCUAAUGGUGAAAGUAAUGUAAUUAAUUACAUAAUCAGUUUUAGUGGAAUGGAAAUGUCAAAAAUGUUGAAGAAACAAGUGUCAUUUACAUUUUUUAAAAAAAAUAUAGCUAAUACCACUCGCAUUUGCCUAUGUGGUUUUUGUUCCUAUAAGACAAAUCAUUUCCAGAUUCUAAAGAAAGCAUGUUGUGUUACUGUUUCUGAAAACAGUGUGACUCUUGUUUCCUCAGAGUAAGCAUUUGCUGCUUUGCAUUGCUUGCUUGAAGUGGUUUAACAAAUCUUUAAAAAGGAGGAAGUGCUGUCUGCUUCCUCUACAGAGAUUCCUUGGAACAACUGAGCAGAAUAAAAUUAAGAUGCAUUCGUUUGCUUCCUGCUGUCUCUCCUGCAGUGUUUACUCAGAAAAAAAGUUCCCCUGUGUUCAGUGGGCCUUGCUCCCUAGUAAGUGAGUUUAGGAUUGCAGCCUUAAUCUUGCUUUGCCAUAAAAAUGACAUUGUUUGGAGGUUUGUGCUCCUGAUGAUGCUUUAGUUUGCCAUAUGUGGACUUUAGAAUUGGAAUCUACUGAUCAAUCUCUGGCUGAUUUCCAGGUAGACCAGGCAAGAGUUUCAGAUUCCCGGGUUUCUUUUAGCAAUACUAACUUCCCACCUCUACAUUAGGCUUAUGAAACUAAAGCAGUUUGGAAAGGGGGAAGCAAGGAAUGGAUGUUUGCAUGAAAGGGCUGAACUCCAUUCAGAGACUCAAAACCAGAUCAUCUGCUGAGUAUCAACAUGUCUUUUGAAUCUUUGGCUCUGAUUGGUGGAUAUUAGAGUUCUAAUAAAGAAGGCAGGUCUUGUAAGCCUGAAAUGGGCCCAGCCCUGUUCUAAAAUACAACUUAGAAGUGCAAGAGAAGCCCCAAAUAGUGCAUUAGUGGUGGAUUUCUACUGGACUGUCUGCACAUCAUUCCACUUUGUUGGUUGUUCUCCAAUAUGACUGUGUUAUUCCCAUUUGGAAGGGUACUCUUGCACUGUAGCACAAUGAAAGCAGGACACACAAAAACCAAACAGAGCAUUUGUGGUAUGAAAAGUGACAGGAUUUCAACAGGAAAAUAUGGAACAUGCAGUGCCGGAUUUACAUAUAAACUAAACAAGCUAUACCUUAGGGUCCCACUCUCUUGGGUGCCCCAAAAAUAUUUAAAUGAAAACAGCAACAGUGUUUUGGAUUUGAUAUCCCACUUUAUCACUACCCGAAGGAGUCUCAAAGCGGCUAACAUUCUCCUUUCCCUUCCUCCCCCACAACAAACUCUCUGUGAGGUGAGUGGGGCUGAGAGACUUCAGAGAAGCGUGACUAGCCCAAGGUCACCCAGCAGCUGCAUGUGGAGGAGCGGAGACAUGAACCUGGUUCCCCAGAUUACAAAUCUACCGCUCUUAACCACUACACCACACUGGCUCUCUUUUGUGUUGUGUAGGUUCCUAUUUGUAUGUGCAAAUGGCUUCAGAUACCUAUUAGGUCUAUAAAUUACCAUAUAAGCAUAUAUUAAACAUAAAAAACAGCGACAAUUUGUUGGUGACAAAUGUCAGCUGGACAUAUAAAGGGCCCCAUUACCUUCAGUAGCUUAGGGCCUCAUCAAACCUAAAUCUGGCCAUGGGGAUAUGUCCCUAUCUGCAGGCACAAAUGGUAUUGAAGGUGGGAUUGUAUAUAGCUGCCCCAAUAAUAUAAUGAGCAUGAAUUGCAAUGAAUGCGGAACAAUAAGGGACACCUGGAGGAACCCACAUGCUCUGAGCUCCAGGUGACCAAUAAUGUUCUCCUUUGUGUUGCAGGUGCUGUCGUUCAUCAUCUUCAUCUGUUAUAUUGCCUCCUCUGCUGGGUCUUUCCUGAUUGUACCACUAUUAACACUUCUGGCGGCCCUGUGUUUUUUCUUUGCCUAUUCCUUAAAGCUUAAUGAGAGGUUCAAAGCAGUCUAUUGGCUUUUGGCGGUAAGCGUAUGGACACAUGCGAUCAAUCUGAGUCGAGUCAAUGAAAUGGCGGUUGGGGGGUGGCGGGUUGCCAGUCACUGUCUAGACUGGGCAGUAGGGAAUCUGUGGUCCUCCGGGCAUUGCUGUCUGGAACUGAGGGCAAUUGGGAGACUUAACAGCUUCAGGAGAGUCACAGGUGACCAUCCCUGCAUAGCCUUGGAGUGAAUAUCCAAGGUUGGCAAGGAAGAUGUGAAGGUGAAAGAAUGAUGUGAAAUGAAGUGAAAGAAUGAUGGGUAGCUGGGAAUUUUGGAGAGCCUGCAGUGCUGAUGGGCAUAACCUCCUAGUAUCAUGACUGCUUUAGCGCCCAGCUACCACAGGCAAAAAUCUGCCCCUGUUGUCUCCCAGGAUGACUUGUAGUGCCAAGCUGAAAGAUUAAUUUUGUGCAUAGCAGUCACUGUGUACCAUAUGAGAUCUCUGAGGUGCACAUCACUGUGUCUUAAACUGUUCAGCUGCAACAUCAUUUGUCAGUUUUGUUACUGUGUCUGGAUGAAAUCUAAUUUUCGUUAUUGCCAUCAUUGUCAGUUAUCACAACUACAAGUGGAACGUGCAAAAUGUUGCCGUGUGGAAUGCUCCUUGUUCACAGUUCCAACCAGCUGCCCUCCAUUCCAUUCGCCCUGUGACCACUAGCAUGCUCAGUCCUCACCGAGUGGUUUGGGGGGUGGGCUGGUUGCUGCCCACUUAGGGGGUUUUCCAUUAAUAUUUUCCAUAUAUCCAGUGCUUUUUUCUUUAAAAAAAGUUUAGGGGUACUCUCAUUUUCCUACUCAUAUUGAAAUACUGCCCCUCAAUGAGACCAAACUUAGAUUCACAAAAUGUUUAGGGGUAUCCGUUCCCCUGAGUCCCCCCAGAAAAAAUAUAUAUCUGCAAACCUUGGGAUUCCCCCCCAACACACUGGAACUUCCCUGUUGUCUUUCAGAGGUUUCAUUCUGAUGGCAAAUCUGUUGUCACUUACCAUCAGAGCUUAUUUUUAGAUGGAGUGAGUAUUCAUAGAACAUAGUGGCUGUGCAACUGAACCUCUGCAAAUAACUCACUAGGUAGCCUUAGACAAACCACUCUUCCCGGACCUUAGUUAUCAGAGAUCUUUGGGGAAGUCUCUCUUAGUGGUCCCCUCGGCUCAAACACAUGGCUUGCACCCACCAGGAGCCAUGUGUACAAUAUGGUGGGCCCCAAUUCUUUGGAACCCCCUCUCAGCCAAGUUUAGGCAUCCCAACCCCGUCCCUGCUUAACUUCAGGUGCUUGACAAAGACUUUCUGAUUUUAGCAGGCAUUUAAAGAUAUUUUUAUGUUUCUAGGGUGAAUUUUAAUUGUUCUCAUUCUUUGUAUGGAAAGAAGAUUUCCAUAAAGAUUUUAUGUACACUUAGAAAUUCUAAAUAUAUAAAUACCUUAAAUAAAUGUUAAAUAAAUUAAAAUUGUCUUCCUCCUGACUUAGCCUAUCAAUAGUUACUGGCUGCUCCUGAAACUGACCACUAGGUGCUGCUCUGGCUCCAAACAAAUUCCCUAUUUAGCAGUUGCCAUGUUUGAAAAAUGCAAAGCUGCACUCCAGCUUAGUUUCUCAAUGACAGCAUAUUAUUUCCCAUCAGCCUCUUGAUGUUUCUUCCUGAGAAGCUGCCGUGAGAGAUAUAUGCAGCAGAGCUAGGCAUUUGCUGUAGAAACCCAAUGAGGACUUGCCCCUAAACAUUGCCCCAUUUUAUAAAAUACUUAAUAGGAUGCUCUCCAAACAAUUGUAAAAGGGAGAAUUAACAAUAAAACAUUCUCCUGAGAAAAAUAGCACAAAUGUUUUGCGGGGAAACUUCUCUACUAAAUUUCAGUGGAUUUCAAGGUAAUGAAGCAAAACCAUAUGUGCUGUGUCAAAAGAACGCACUCAAGUAUGCUACUGUGCUUCAUUUUUUGUUUCAAAAAGCAUCGAGCAGCUUUUCUUUUCCUUUUAACCCAAUGAAUUGUCUCAAACGAAAAGCACCCAGUGGCACAAAUCAAGAAUAGACAUUGUUACCUGCACAGCAGUAACAGUGGCAUAGAAAGAUGAUACUGUAGGUCUGCUUUUGUGGAAAUUCUGCAACUGCACUGUGGGGGUGAGGUCUGAGUAACAUUAGGUCUAUGAACAGCGACUGUGGACAGUUCUCAGCAUGGUGCAUAAUAGCAACCACUUUCUGAUCUCCAAAGGAUUUCAGAUUCUUGAAGGAUUUGCAUCUUACCAUGGCCAACUAGUUCUCUCAUCUGUUCUGUGUACUAGAGCUUGGUACAGAAGAUCUCCAUAUAUAUUGCUUCUCAGAGAGGCUGCAAUGAAAUACCCUUCAGCCCGGUGUAGUAAGAGAGAUUCACCUGGAAGCUUUUUUGUGACCAGCCAGUGGGCAUGUUUCUGUGUUGUUCAGUUCAUCUGGGCCCCACUGAACAGGCCUAAGGGUCUUUGUUUCAUUGGCACAUCUCCAUAUGGAGCCUCUAAUAGUUGCAUAUGAUUAGAGCUGGAUCAGGGCCAGUUGGUUUGAUUAAACGCAUGUCCUGCUCAAGAACUUGCUAAAGGCAAGAGAACAUAUUGGUCCAGCGUAUUUUGCUGCCCAGCACACUUUGCGGCUGGUCAGGUUCUAGACUAAAUUCUACACUACUCAACACUGGGUUCCAACAGUGGAGCCAUUGCUCUGCUUCUUGUUCUUCCCAAAUAAAACACCCCAGCUUAGGUGAAGGAGCCCAUGCAACAGGUGUAGCUGAGAACACCCCAGCAAGUGUGCAAAGGAGUGGCACUUCUGCGGUUCCCAUGAGAAUCCAGAAUUAGUAGGGUAUCACAGUUGAGGAGCAUGUGCAUCUGAGUCUGGCUGAGACAUCCAGCGCAAAACCUAAAUAAACCUCAUAUGCAGUUGGGUGCAGAAGCUUGAUUGCAUCCUGUUGAUAACUUGGUAGAGCCCCCAGUGUUGAGCUAAAAGUGAUUUGGGGCUGUCAAUUGACUAUCUGGUUUUCAGCAAUUAAGGGGAUAUGUGUUGUGCAUAACCUUGCCACCCAUCCAGCUUAAAACUUCGUCCCUAACUUGAUUUCAAAACUCUUUGUCUUGCAGGACUUUUUAUGUGGCAUCAUUGCUGCUAUUAUAUAUUUUGCCAUCUCGAUUGCUGCAGUCUCAAAAUAUUCUGACACAGCAUCCAAGGCAGCAGGAGUAAGUUGAUGUUUCAGGCUGGUUCAUACCUGGGAGUUAAUGAUAAGGGGAUAAAUUCUACCUACCUACCUGAUACUGAUAGGUGUUUUGCAUCCAUUCCAUGCAACUAAGAUUAAACAAAACGAAGGAAGAUCUGUUGAAUGGUAUUGAGAUACUCAUGCAAAGGAACAGCUAUGGCCAUCUUAAUAUAGAAAGAAGAGCUGUGGUAUUUAAUCUAUUAAAAACUUCUGAUCACCUCACUAAUCUUCCUGCCAUCUCCCCCACAUUAACCCCCUAGAGCUUCCCCUGCCUACUAAGCUUAAUGUUCACCUUCCCAACCCCAUUUCUAGAGCCCCUUUUCUCCUCUAUUCUGCAGCCUCACCCAUUUUCACCUUCACCCCCUUAUCUAUGCUUCCCUUGCCCCUCCUUUACACAAGCCUCUUGCAUCCAAACAAGCGCCAUGAUAACCUCCUGCAUCUUCAUCCUGUCCCACAAUGCAGCUAUUAAGCACCCUUUUCACCCUCCGCCCAUUUAAUGAAGCUCCGUGGCCAGUGCUGUUGUGCAGCCUGCCUUCACAGUUGCUCCCCUACAACAACCUGACUUCAUGCAAAUGCAGAAUUGCGGUGCAACACAACAAAUCUUCCAGUGGGGGUAUGUGAUUAUAUUAUUAUGCUUUAUUAUAUCAAGAGGUGUUUUGCAAUACACCCACACCCAUAUCUGUGUGCGCGCGCAUGCUUCAGAACUACAAGAGCUGAAUUCAACUAAUGUUUAUUUCUGAUAUGACUGGAUAUGUUUUCCUUACACACUCCCACCCUAAGAAAAAGACCACUUUGCAGAAUUUAUUCUAAAUAUAUUUUAUUUCAUUUUUGCAAACCCGCCCCCCAUACCCUGGAAUGUCCCUCCAAUUUCUUUGCCUGUGAUUCGGGUGGAGGGUUUUGAAAGGUCACUUCCACACAGCUCUAGUCUUCACUCAGAUGUAAACUUUGUGUUUUAAUUGUUAAUAUUUCUUUACAUUUGAUAACUGUCAUGCUCAGAGUAGAUUCACCGAAAUUGUGACCCUUUAAGUACCUCCUUAUGAGGACUAGAAAUGCUUGAAAUUCCCUAAAAUAGGGACACACACAGCAGCUGAUGCCAGCAGCGAAAUGUUUUCAAUAAGCUGUUCCUGCACAAUUUUUUUCCUUUCAUUUGUGCUUUCAAAAACUGUGCUUUUCCAAACCUUUUGCUCUUCAGGUGCUUGGAUUCAUCGCCACAGUUGUCUAUUGCGUUUAUGUCUACCUAACCUUUAAUGACCUGAUGACAUAUCUCAAGCAAGGAGAUUCUUCAGAAGCCCCUGAGCCACGUAAAUCAGAAGGUAGGUACAAACCAGCUUUGCAUUGCCAUCAGCCACAGAUCCAAGCUCAUUUGUGGGCUAUAUUUGCAAUAGAUGUAGAUCUGCAAUAGAUGGGAGCAAGCCUUCUCUCCAGUAUUGCUAUCCUCUGUUUAGAAGCUAAUUUUUUAAAAAAAACAACCUUCAGCUUCUGUAUUUAGAAUAAAUGAUCUGGCUUUGUUGUGCAUCACACAUUUCAAAUUCCAAUUUUUAAAAAAGUUAUAGGAAUGAUGGGGUAUUACAAAAGAUACCAAGGCAUGGAAGGAUGGUUUGUUGCAAAUGCAAAGCAUUUAUAUUGUGCUCAUAUAAAAUAGGGCCCACCCCAACCUUGACAUUUUUAUUGACAACGUCUCUCUCUUUCAGAUGACGACUCGGAUUCAGAUUCCGACUGAAGCAACAGUGCCUUGAGAAGAUUGCAGAGCCAAAAGGGGAGGACAGUGGGCACACUCUUCUUUUAGCAAUUGUAACCUUUUUAUGAACUUUUAUUUCCAUUGUACAGAUCAUCACCAAAGCCACUGCUGAGGAUAUGCUAGUCUCAUGAAAGACUUCCUCAGAAAAACUGCUGCUGUUUGAGCCUGGAUAUGUUUUUCUCUGUCUUUUCUCAUUCAGCACUACAAUGUACUAUUCAGUAAAUUUUCUUAACCUUUUUUUUUAAAACAGACUAUAAUCAGGGUUGCGUACAUUGAUGAUUGCAUCAGGCAAGCAUGAAACCUGUUCAGUACUGGACACAAAACUCUAAACCAGUCUGAACUUCAGCACUCUUUUAAAAAAUCAAUUCCUUAGAUUGAGAUUUUAAGCUAGAGAGAAAAAAGAAAUAUGAGAAAUGGAUUUUGUGUGUGUGUGUGUGCUGGAGACCUCUUUAUUACUAUUAAUAUCUAUUAAUAGAUGCAGGAAAAAGGCUAUGAAGAAGACAUAUUCCAACAUUAUUGAUGCUUUACAUUACAUGCAGAUGCAUGGAAGCAUCCCAUUGUUUUUUGUUUAGGAAAAGCAGCAUUAGAAGAAUGACUAAGAGAAAUAGGGAUACUUAGUUUUGUCUUACCCACAAUUUCUGUACACCAUAUGCCUUGUCUAGACAUAGAGAUGCAAGGUUCCAAAGAAUCAGCUUGUGUUUUAGUUUUUUAGCAAGGGUUGUAGAAAAUAGCUGGAGAAGGGAACUUAUCAUACUACAUAUAAGCAGGUGAGAAAGUGGAUAAGUGUCCCAACUUUCACCACAUUAUAGUCCCCCUUCCAUCGCUUUUUGUCUUUUGAAGACCAGCUUCAAAGCUCUUGCACAAUUAGUAUGCAAGAUGUAAGUACAUACAGUGGUACCUCGGGUUAAGUACUUAAUUCAUUCUGGAGGUCCGUUCUUAACCUGAAACUAUUCUUAACCUGAAGCACCACUUUAGCUAAAGGGGCCUCCUGCUGCCGCCGCGCUGCCGGAGCACAAUUUCUGUUCUCAUCCUGAAGCAAAGUUCUUAACCCAAGAUACUAUUUCUGGGUUAGCGGAGUCUGUAACCUGAAGCAUAUGUAACCCGAGGUACCACUGUAUUUGAUUCAUGGCAGUAGGCUUCAGGGGUGCCCUGUUUUGCUGAGUUGGGUGGCAUGUGCUUGGGUUUCCUAUAAAGCCUUUGUUUGGAUUUUUUUUUUAAGUCAGGCUGUAGGUCAGUGGUAGAGCACAUGUUUACUCUCUAUUAAAAGGAUUACAGUGGAGUCAAAAAGACCUCCUGCCUGGGUACCAAACUAUCUAACUAAAGGUUUUCAAAAACACAAGUAACAUCAGCAAAGCAGCCCACCCCACCCUGCCGCUUUUGCUUAAUGUUUUCAGAGCAUGCUCAUUGUGGGAAUCUAACAUUUUCCUCCUAUGUUAUACUCCUACUGCAUCAGGGCAGACUUUGCAGGAUUAGAUAAAACCCAUGGCAGCUUCAUGUACCUUCAUGAUAUAUCUGGCUUAACAAAUAAGAUAGGCAAGGAUAAAUAAUGGUGAUUUAUUUUCAAGCAAUGAAUUGUUUUAGAGAAAGCAGGCAAGGAUGCUCAGUAUCUGUUAUUCUUCCACUGUAUGGGACUUUAAGCAAUAACAGCAAAUGAGAUCUUGGCAGUGACAAUCUAAAGGUGCAUCAACUUUGUCCUUGAGAUGAUGCACAAGAAAAGUUUAAAUUUCUAUUGGGGGCAAUUACUAUGCUUUUUUGAAAAUAUGAUAAUCUUAACAAAGCUGAACUGAUAUGAACAGGCCUACACUGCUUGAACCAAAGAAACAGUAGGGAAACCUGAUUAAUUAGGAUGCAGUUUUCCUCUAAAUCAUGCAUCCCCAAUCUGCAGCCCUCCAGAUGAUCCCUAGCUAACAGGACCAGUGAUCAGGGAUGAUGGGAAUUGUAGUCCAAAACAACUGGAUGGCCGAAGGUUGGGGAUGCCUGCUCUAAAUCAACUGUUAUUCAGUUUACAGAAGUGCAUUUGAGGAGGUGGAAAAGAGAAUUGGAAUCUGCCUUUAAUGUGGUAGCUUAAAUAAUUUACCAAAAAAAACUAAAAGCAAUAGUGAUCCUGAAGAACAGUAAUACAAGCUGAACAGCACUUGUGGGGCAAAAUCAACUGGGUACAUCCAAGUGAGAAAGAAGUCACAAAUACCUGCAUUGUUUUUAAAGUGAGCUGCAUCAGUAGCCCAUCCUUAAACUGUGAGUUAUGACUAUACGUUGCAAGCCUGUAUUUCUUUUUCCACUUUUUCGUCAACUAAAAGGUUAAUCUGUUUUGUAUUUCCUUCAACAAUGUAUUUCUACACAGUAUUUACCACAUAUGAUAAGCCACAAUAUAUUGAUAGAGUAGUUUUGUAGAUACAUUAAGACUGGGCGGGGGGGUUGUCCUUAUUUCAGUGACUUUUGCUAGCAAUGCACUAGAGGUACUUUUUUCAGGCUUAAAAAUGACAAAAAUACUGCCCUCUUGAAGGCUGGCUCCUUCACAGGGUAACUAGGUGUCCUGUCUUAGUCUAGCGCAUGGGCUUGGAAGUCUUGAAAUGGGCAUUUUAUAUUUGUCUUUUUUUACAGACACUUGAAUGUGAUAUAUGUUUUUGAUGUGUCUUCACUUGACUUUUUAACACUGCAUGUCAAAGCUGGCACAGAAUUUAUGAACCAUGCUGGAAUAAACUUCAUUGAUAUUAAA